CGUGCUGCAUCCUUGGGUAGCCUAGAGAGAGCUUCUUUUCACAAUUCACAGCACCGCCGAGUCUGAGAGCGGCUGCCUGAGAGGCGAGACUGGCCGUGACCCGAUUAGAAAUAACACGUAGACAACAAGCGAGGCCGUCUCCAUCAUUUUGGGUUGGGGAAAGUCCUCGUCUGCCGCGCAAGUUACAAUGUCCGACUGCAGGAGGCAGUGGAACCGGGAGGAUGAGCUGCCGGUCUACCUGGCGGGACCGAUCACCACCGGGCCGAGCCAGCGCAAAUCUUACGGUAUGUUCAGUUCUGUGGAGGGAGCGUUUGAAAGCAAAACCAUAGACUUCGACAACUACGCAGUUGGGAGGAAAGGGAGCCGCACCCCGAGAAGUGGGAGCCGGGAGAGGGUCCUGGACGCAGGUGACCCGACCAGCAAGACGUCCAGCGAGCCCCGAAGCGGGUCACUGCUCAGUUCGCCUGGGGAGAGGGACGACGGACAGCCCGGUGUUGAGAUCAGCUAUCCCUCCAGGAAUGAAAGCCAGAACGGGAAGAGUGAAAGGCUGUUGAUCAAAGGGGGCCGAGUGGUCAAUGAUGACCAGUCUCUGUAUGCCGAUGUCUACAUUGAGGAUGGGCUCAUCAAGCAGGUGGGUGAGAACCUGGUCGUUCCGGGGGGUGUGAAGGUGGUCGAGGCUAAAGGGCAGAUGGUGAUACCAGGGGGAAUAGAUGUCAACACCUGUCUUAUGAAGCCCUACCUGGGCACACAGCCUGUUGAUGACUUCCUCCAGGGCACAAAGGCUGCACUGGCUGGGGGCACCACCAUGAUCAUUGAUCAUGUGACCCCUCAGCCUGGAGACAGCCUGCUGGAGGCGUUUGAGCACUGGCAAGAGGCUGCAGAUAGGAAGGCAUGCUGUGACUACUCCCUUCAUGUUGACAUUCCCCAAUGGCAUGGGGGUGUCAAGGAGGAGCUGGAGCUGCUGGUGCAGGAGAAAGGUAUCAACUCCUUCCAAGUUUACAUGGCUUACAAGGACGUGUUCCAGAUGACAGACACUCAGCUUUAUGAGGCUUUUUCCUUCCUGAAGGAGCUGGGUGCUGUGGUGUUAGUUCAUGCUGAGAAUGGAGACCUAAUUGCGCAGGAACAGAGAAAAAUCCUCAGCAUGGGUAUCACUGGACCUGAGGGCCAUCCACUGAGUCGCCCUGAAGAGCUGGAGGCUGAGGCAGUGUUCCGUGCCAUCACUCUUGGCAACCGUGUCAACUGUCCUGUUUACAUUACCAAGGUGAUGAGCAAGAGCGCAGCUGACACUGUCACCCAGGCCCGGAGGAAAGGUUCUGUUGUUUUUGGAGAGCCAAUUACAGCUAGCCUGGCCACUGAUGGUUCUCACUAUUGGAGCAAGAACUGGGCUAAAGCAGCUGCCUACGUAACUUCUCCACCCCUCAGUCCUGAUCCCACAACCCCAGACCACCUCCACACACUGCUGGCCUGUGGGGACCUGCAGUUGGUGGGCAGCGCUCACUGUGCGUACAGUGUGUCCCAGAAGGCCAUUGGCAAAGAUGACUUCACCCUCAUCCCUGAGGGAACCAAUGGGAUUGAGGAAAGGAUGGGUUUUGUCUGGGACAAAGCUGUGGCCAUGGGGAAGAUGGACGAGAACCAAUUUGUUGCUGUCACGUCUACCAAUGCUGCCAAAAUCUUCAACCUGUACCCACGUAAAGGCCGGAUAGCAGUGGGCUCCGAUGCUGACAUUGUUAUCUGGGAUCCUGACAGAAUCAAGACCAUCACUGCCAAACUCCAGCAGUCGGCUCUGGAAUACAACAUCUUUGAGGGUCUGGAGUGCCGUGGUGGUCCAUCGCUGGUAUUAAGUCAGGGUCGGGUGGUAUAUGAGGAAGGAAAGCUGCAGGUUCAGCAGGGUGCUGGUCGCUUCAUUCCACGGAAGCCCUUCCCGGACUAUGCCUACCAGCGCAUUAAGUUCAGGAACCAGGUGAAGGGCAGGCAUGGUGUCUCUCGUGGGAUGUAUGAUGGCCCUGUGUAUGAUGUUCCUUCCACCCCCAAAUACAUCACUCCUGCUCCAUCAGCUAAAACUUCACCCACCUCUCACCAGCCUCCACCAAUACGCAAUCUUCAUCAAUCCAACUUCAGCUUAUCAGGGGCGCAGAUUGAUGACAACGUCCCUCGUCGCUCUGGCCACCGCAUCGUAGCACCACCUGGUGGCCGCUCCAACAUCACCAGCCUUGGUUGAACACUUGACUGUGCACAGGUCGUGGUUGGGGUUUCACCUCUUGAGUGUGUGUGUGCGGGUGUGUGUGUGUGUGUGUCUGUGUGUGUGUGUCUGUGUGUGUAUGAUUGAGAGUGUGAGCACACUGGCAUGGAUGAAUAUAUUUGUUUUUGUUUUUUUGGUACAAUGUGUGUAUGUUAGAUUCCAAGGACACAAAAUGUUUUUUUUUUUUUUUUUUUUUUUUUUUUUAACCCUUUAUGAUUUGUCACCUUGCAUGAGUCUGUAGUUACCAAGAAACAUCAGUUGCACAUUUACUCUUCCAGUACAAGAAUAGAAUUAUUUAUUCUUACAAUCAGUUGCUUAAUUCAAACAAACUCAAAACUCACAGACUCACUCAUAAUUGCACUCACACACACACAGAACCAAUGUUGGACCCCUACAAACACCUAAAUGUGAACCCAGCAUAAAGUCAAAAUGUUAUAAUGUUGUCAUCUCCUUCUCCACGACCACAACUUCCUCCUCCCUCUUCCUUAAUUGUCACUUUUUAUGGGUCUGCUCAGACACGGUGCUCCUAUCCACUCCUCUCAACCCCUCUGGACAGCUGAAGAAAUAACGGUUUUCUCCUGCAUCCAAUUCUCAGCAUCUUUGCAAUAUCAGUUUUCACUGUGGCUCAAGUGGGUUGGUUAUACAUAUUGCAUGGACAUGUUUUUAGAUGUUACACUACUUGUGGUUUGUUGUUACAACAGAGGUACACUAAAUUUAUAUUCCAAGCACAUUUACUGUUGUAUUCGACAUCACAAAAAUAUUGUAACUAAUCUUAUAUUGGAAAUUGCUUGCUUUAUACACAUGAAAAAUACUCACUGUGGAUACAGCGAGCUAUUACCAGCUUCAGAAGCACAUUUGUUAUUGUAUCACCUCAAUAAAAACAAUUCAUCCUCCUCCACUAACAAAUAUCACAAACUUUAUGCAAAUGUAUCAAUAAACUUCUAUAAUGUGUGAACCAACGAAAAUGGCUAAACAGUUGAAACAAAUACAAAAUCAUGGUAGUAAUCUCAAACUGCAAAACAAAUUUCUACUAGGUAGAUUACUGUACCUAUAUUAUGGAGUUUCAAAAUUAAAAUGUAUGAUGUGUGUGAUAGUUAUGUUGUUUGCCAAUCACUCCUGCCAGAAAUAGAUCUUUGUUGUGAUGACAUGCUGAACUCACUGCUGUAAAAGGGCUUUUGCUCCCACUGUUCUUCUUUAAACCUUAACUUCUUUAUACCCGUACUUUUUAAACUGGUUUUAUCUGAUUAAUUCUGGGUGUUUUCUCGGUUAUGGUGCAUUUAGUGUUUCUCUGCCACUCUGUUUUGUUGCUGUUGUUUGGUGUCUCCAAUGGAACCAUUAAUAAUCAAUAAACACGACUGUUGUGAGACAAUAAAACAAAUAAAUAUUU